AUGCAAUUCUCUACACUCGCUUCCCUUGCGCUGGUCCUUGGGGCCUCUAAUGUUCUUGCUGAGAGCUCGAUUCCGCCUAUUGACCUACCCUCCCCCAUUGACCGAUGCCCUACUAUCACUACACAAGGACCUGCCUGUCCGACCCUUUCAUGCACUGUACUUGCGUGCUUGGAGAUUUCUACCAUCAGCUUGCCGUGUAGCUGCAGCGUUCAGGUUGAAACAACCUGUGCAACUGCCUGCCCAACUGGAUGUGGAGGGACUAGUUACUCGACGACUUCGUUGCCUUGUCCGACCAUCCCUCCAACAACUACCACAGGACCUCCCGAUACUACCACAUCACCUCCAGAUACUACCACAGCACCUCCAGAUACUUCCACUACACCGCCGCCAAUCUCGGACUCAUCUACAACGAAGUACCAUAAUUCCACUAUCACUACCACUUCAAUUACCACGAUCACGACAUGCCCCAUCGAGACCACUUGCACCGGUCAGACAACAACUUGGACUUCAACCUCUGGUCCGUUCCCUUGUUCAGCUGCCCCAACUUGCACUUGCGUUCUUCCUGGAGGUCCUGGCGAAACCGUUACUGGAGGCGGAACUGAAACCGCAGCACCCACAAAGACAGGUCCAGCUCCAAGCUCUAGCCCUCCCGUCGUUACAGCAAAUGGAGCUAUGAAGCUGGGAGGUAGCGGAUUGGUAUCUGUGGUAUUUGUUGCUGUCUUGGGGUUCUUGUAA